AUGGAAGAAGUGUUCGUUAUACCUGAAUGUUCUCCACAAUUGAAGCCUGUGAUUGCUCAGAAGUUCCAAUCCCUAGAUUUUGCUUUUGCGUUUUAUGAUGUGUAUGCCCAUGCUGUUGGGUUUGAUACGCGUAAACAAGGAAUGAGGAAGGCGGCGGACGGUGUUACUACUUGGUAUUCUGUGGUAUGCAAUAGGGAGGGCUGCAAGAGGUCGAACGAGGAAGACGAUGUGAAUGCACGCUCUGGUUUUACUCUUAAACGCAGGCGGCUUUCCAAGCGAUGUGGUUGUAAAGCUUGUAUAUCCUUCAAGUACUUUUCCGAAGCAGGAAUACCGGGAUAUAUUAUUCACGAGUUCAACGAGGUUCACAACCAUUGUAUGGUGGAGUCGGAGCAUCAGCAGUUUAUGACACUUAACCGGAAGUUGAAUGACGUACACCACAAAUUCAUUCUUGACUGUUCCAAGGCUAAUAUAGGCCUCACACUUACCUUUAAGGUAUUGAAGGAAAUCCUCGGUGGGUUUGAACUUGUCGGUUGCAAUGUUGGGGAUAUCAGGAACACAUCUCGCGACAUCAAAGCAUUCGCACACGGUUGUGACGUGCAGAUGGUGUUGGACGACAUGGCGAAGAAGAAGGAGUUGUCGGAUGCCUUCACAUAUCACUACGAAGUUAAUGCUGCUAACAAGUUGGUUGCCCUCUUUUGGUGUGAUGGUUUGAUGAAGAGGAACUACCAUAUGUUUGGUGAUAUAGUGGCGUUUGACUCCACUUACAACACAAACAGGCAUUGCAUGAUCUUCACACCUUUCAUGGGGAAGGACAGUCAUGGUAAACCCGUAACAUUUGCUGCUGGAUUGGUCUGCAACGAGAAAACAGGGGCCUUUGCCUGGUUGUUCAAACAUUUUGUCGAAUGCAUGGGUGUAGCACCCAAAAUGAUUGUGACCGAUCAAGACUUGGGCAUGAGAUCAGCUAUUCAAGAGGACUUGCUUGAACCCGACAAAUUUGAAGAGGAGUGGAAUGGAGUGAUUGAGCAUUAUGAGCUGGAAGACGUUGAUUGGUUGAACACAUUGUACGAGUAUAGACAGAUGUGGAUACCGGCCUACUUCAGAGAUUUCCCACUCGGUUCGAUGAUUAGGACUACGUCCAUAUCAGAAUCUGAAAACAGUUUCUACAAAAAUUUUAUGAAGCCCCGAGCGAACCUUGCCGAAUUAUACUUGUAUUCCAACAAUGCUCUGGACUUUCAGCGGAACGCUAGAACAAAGCUGGACUACAACGAUGCUACUUCCGUGCCCAUACUGGCCACUAAGUUGGGUUUCGAGAAACAUGCUGCGACGAUUUACACAGACAGUAUGUUCAGGAAGAUACAAGAAGAAAUUGUUGAUGGUAAUGUCAGAUGCCGUGUACUUGGUUUUUCAUCAACAGAUAUGAUUGACACCUACAAGCUUGGGGAUAGCCGACGGAAUUCGAACAAUGAAGUGUCAAAAAUUCCAGAGAUGUACUGCAACAGCCGAUGGAUGAAGACUCCCUUAGCCAAGGCUGUACAUGGACUUUUUGAUGUCACCGUAGAUACAAGGUCCACCGUUGACGAUAGGCAGACUGUUACAAAUCAAGGAAUAUCGUUGUUCUACGCUGGAACUCCUCCAACUUCGGCGUUUGAAAAGAGGCGCAUGAUUGAAGAAUUUUACGGAAUGCCAAGGCCUGAAGUUGUAGAGGUCCAUCCUCCGGAUGUUGUAAAGACGAAGGGUCAUGCUAGCAGCUCCGCGAGCCGACUGGUUUCAAAGAGAGAAAAGGCUAUAAAGGAGGCUGCUAGGCCUCUUAGACGUUGUAAGGCGUGCGAUGAGUUGGGCCAUCACGACUCUAGAAACUGUCUAAUGCUUAAUGAGAUGGAGAAGGAGAAAGCGCUUAGUAAAGGCAAGAGGAAAGCUUGA